CAGUUGUAUUCACCAGCAAAAUCUGAAGGACAAAACCCUCACCAAAACAACACACUUUCAGUUUCUGGUACUCUUGAGGGUGGUGGUGGUGCGAGCUCAGAUUGCAACCAAGAACUGCAACAACUCAACUCGGCAAAAAUGACUCCUAACCAGACACAGUUCACCAAAUCGGCUUCUACUCCGGCCACCCGAGAGAGACGAAAGCGCAAGAGAACAAGACCAACCAAGAACAAAGAAGAGGUAGAGAGCCAGAGAAUGACCCACAUUGCUGUUGAGCGAAACCGCAGACGCCAAAUGAAUGACCAUCUCAAUGUUCUCAGAUCCCUCAUGCCCCCUUCCUACAUACAAAGGGGUGACCAAGCUUCCAUCGUUGGGGGAGCAAUAGACUUUGUGAAGGAAUUGGAGCAGCACCUUCAGUCCCUUGAAGCACAAAAGAGAAUGAGAAGAGCUGAAGGCUUUACCACCACCAAUGUUGACCCUAACAAUAACAACUCAAUGACAUCAUCUUCGCCAUCUUCAUCAUCAGCCAUGACAAUGCCUUCAAAUGGGAUGUUCAUGUCUCUCUCCCAAUGCAGAAUCGGGUCGACUGAGGAAGGAAACACUCGUGGGGAUGAUGGAGUUACCGCACAAAACAAGUCUGAGGCUGCAGAAGUAGAUGUCACAGUGAUCCAAACCCAUGUGAACUUGAAGGUUCAGUGUCAAAAGAGGCCUGGCCAGUUGGUGAGAGCCCUUGUUGCCUUUGAAGAUAUCAGGCUAACAGUUUUGCACCUCAACAUUACUUCUUCAGAAGACAAGGUUCUUUACUCUUUCAAUCUCAAGAUUGAGGAGGGAUGCAAGUUAGGAUCAGCAGAUGACAUUGCUAGAGCAGUACAUCAAAUAUUCAGCUUCAUCAAUGGCAGCUGAUUUCUUUAAGGACUCAAAUGCUCUCCAGAAAAAAGCAGCUGACUUUCAUUUCUUAGCUAGAUAGAGUAGGGGAAGAAUCUCACCCAAAAAAAGAGUAGGGAAAGCAAGAGAGUGGCCAAAACUCCAAAAGAUGAAGAGGAAAAAUGUAAGGUGGGUGGUCAUCUUUCACUCUUUUGGGGAUGGGAGAUUGUGUCUCUCUCGGUAGGGAUGUGCAUUGUGUGAGUUGUUUACUAAUCCCAGCUCAAAUGUAAGUUAUUCGGUGUUUACUUUAUUUUUCUUUUUGGAAGAAAAUGGGGAGCUUAGGGACCCUACCAAUCACCAUGGUUAUGAAUUGUGGAGUUUCAGGGCUUAUUUCAUUUUUGUUGAUUCUCAUCAUUACAUCUUUCAAAGGAUGCUUCUCUUUACACAUCCUACUUUUGGGGGAAUCCAUAUGAAUUAUAG